AUGCCACAUAAACAAAACCUCUAUAAGUCAUUAAAACCUACUUCUGGUGGAAAGACAGCUGAUUUGACAAAGUCUUGUCCUAAACAUACAAAUGAAAUUAUCAAGUUCUUUUGUCAUGACCAUAAUGCACUUAUCUGUACCGUUUGUGUAACCCUUCAACACACACCAACAUCCUGCCAUGUGGACUACAUACCUGAUAUAACAGGACAGAUUUUAGACAGCAUGGAGUUCAAAGAAACUCUAAAAAAUAUUGACAAACUGACAGACAAAUGCUGCCAGAUUACAAAAGAUCUGAAACAUAGAGUUGCUAAUUCAACAACUUCUCUGAAAGAUGCUAUAACAGAAAUAGAAAACUUUAGAAAAGAGAUAAAUAAAAGAUUAGAUGAACUUGAAACGAAAGUUAAAAAUACUGCAACAAAAAUCCAACAUGACAACAACAACAAGUUGAAAACAACAGAAACAACAUGUGAUGACAUCAACAAAUCACUCCAAGCAUCAGCUGAUACUCUAAAACAAUUCAACACCAACAAGAAAACUGACCAACUAUUUACUGAAUUGAAAAUAGCUCAGCAACUGAUAUUACACAAUGAAAAUAUAACAAAACAACUACCAACAACCAAUGAUGUUGCUGAAUACACUUUUGAAUCCAAUCAAGCAAUCAAACAAUUCCUUCAGAAUGAGAAAUCAUUAGGAACAUUGCGAAAAAAGGACAUGAACAAACCAGCUGAACGAACAAAUAAGACUGCAGUAUCAAUGAAAAUGUCUACCCCUAGAAACAUCAAUGCUCAAACUUCCUCAGAUAAAAAUGAUUGCUAUAUAAUAGGUAUAACUGUCUCUCCUCAGAACCAAUUAUUUGUAGCAGAUAGAAAUAAUAACUCAAUUAAAAUGAUAGACAUAAAAAGUGGAACAAUCAAACAACUACAGCUUGAAACAUAUCCCUGGGAUAUCACCAUAGUGGCUAGAGAUACACUUGCUGUUACAUUACCAAAAAUUAAAACAAUACAGUUCAUUUCCUUCUCCUCAAACUCUCUCUUAUUGAAUAACAAACUGAAAGUAUAUGGAGAGUGCCAUGGAAUAAGCCAUCAUCAGGGGAAACUUGCAGUUACAUUUUAUAUCCCGCUAAACUCCAAAUCAUGGACUUGA